AUGAAUAGUAGCUCAAAAAUAAGAAAGGGCUCUCGUAAUAUGAAGUACAAGAAGAUAUCACAUGAGUAAAGAACUUAAAUAAUUAAUGAGUUAACAAAGAAUGGAAAGACACUUAAAGAAGUUUCUGAAGAAACUCAUUUGAAACCCUCUACUGUCAAAGCUAUAUUGUAAGUCUAUCUCAAAGAAGGAAGAAUUGGUAAGAAGUCCACUCGAGAUAGAAAAGUGAAAUUGUUAAAUACGACAGUAAUUGCCUUGAUUGAUAAAACCAAAAAUAGUGACUAUGCCAUGGAGAAUCUUUAAUUUAUUCACCCUAUGAUCAAAAUAAACUAAUAGUCUUCUGAAAUAUCACAUAAUGGUUAGACGCUGACUGAGACCCAAUAAAAGCUAGAUUAAUACUCAAAAUCACUAAUGAUGACUCAGGUGAAAGACUUCCUGAGGGAAAAGAAACAAGAGAUAUUAGAACAACUUGUAAAUCCAUUGGCAAAACAGAAUUUUCUUAAUUAACUUGCCCAAUUUGAAGUUGCUGACUAAUUGCCCUUUUAAGAAUUAAAAAAAGAGCAUUUAUAAGCUGAAGAUGAACAAUUAGUAGAAAAAAUCACUUAACAUCUAAAAUCAAAAGUGAAACUAUGAUUUUAUAAAUACAUAUAUUUUUCU